ACCUUAGCUAAAAUCCUGCCUACGAUACUGCCCACGAACAUGGCGAAUGCAUGCAUGGUCAGUUUGAGAGUUGUGUCUCCGUCUCUCUUUGCUGUUUCUUUCUCUUCUUCCGAAUUGAGGAGGGUCAUUACUAGUUUUGUUUCUUCCUUUACCACCCAAAACCAGGUGCUUUCUCGUGCAUAAUACGUAUGUUUUUAAUCAAUUGUUUAGAAUAUUUUUCUAGUAACAAACUCCAUAAACAAAUUGAAGAGCAUGCAAAGCAAGGGGAACAGGAAAGGCCAACAAACAUUCUAGUAAAAUAGACGUGACAUAAACCAUAUAAAUAUUAUGGCGCAGGAACCUGAACAGAACGGAGGGAUAGCAUUAACAAGGUAAGGUUAGAGGGAAUAAUGAAGACUCAUCAUCAUCAUCAUCACGAUAUAGUUAUCGUCGGAGGCGGAAUUUGCGGCCUUGCCACUGCCCUCGCUCUCCACAGGAAAGGCAUACGAAGCACGGUGAUAGAAAGAUCGGAGACACUGAGAGCCGCCGGAGCAGGGAUCAUCGUCCAUGAAAAUGGGUGGAAAGCACUCGAGGUGCUUGGUGUUGCCUCAACCCUCCGCCUCCAAACACCCAUUUCCAUCACAUCAGGGGAAGUUGUUUACGUGAAGGACGGCAAACGAGAAUCCGUGCCAUCCUGGGGAGAAGUUCGGGCGAUAAGAAGGAGCGAUCUCAUCGGCACCUUGGCCAGAGAACUGCCGGAGGACAGCUUUCUGCUGGGAUACAAGGUGGUUGGGGUCCAGUUCCAUCCCACCGGCGAUUACUACCCGCUGCUUUACCUUCACGACGGAAGUGUGAUUCAUGCCAAGGUGGUGGUUGGUUGCGACGGUUUGAAGUCGGUGGUGGCGAAGACGUCCCUAGGAGUGGAUUCCGAAGGCGCCAUGCCGAUAUCUGCCACCAGAGGCUUCUCGUAUUCUCCGGGAGGCCACAAUCUCGGCGACAAGUUCGUCGUCCACAAAGACGUCGCCUCCGGCUCCCUGCUCGGCGAGUUCCCUCUCACCCCAAACCUACUCUACUGGUUCCUCCUUAGACCAUCCACUCCUCAGGAUUCAGUAGCAUGCAAAGACAAGAAGCUGAUAAAAGAGUCGAGCCUCGAGACCGUGAAAGGAUACCCGCCGGAAGCCCAAGCAACGGUGAGAAACAGCGACGAGGACUCGUUGCACCUCUCGGAGUCAAUAACCUACCGCCGGCCGUGGGACCUGCUGACUAAGAAAUUCAGGAGAGGAACGGUGACGGUGGCCGGAGACGCCAUGCACGCGAUGGGGCCAUUCCUAGCUCAAGGCGGCUCGACUUCCCUUGAAGACGCCGUCGUUCUGGCUGACUGCAUGGCGGCGGAAAUAUUACUCGGCCGGCCGCGAGUUGUACCGAUGGUAUUAGCUCUUGAUGAGUACGUGAAUCUACGGAGGAAGCGAGUGUUCUUGCUGUCCCUGCACACUUAUCUGUUGGGCGCAAUUGCGAGCCCUAGUUCCUCUAGGGUUACCAAAACCUGUUGCAUUUUGUUGAAGAAGGUUUUGUUCAGCGACCCAUUUGAACAUUUACUUUAUGAUUGUCGACGUCCUUGAGUUGACUGCUACAUGAAAUAUUAAUGCACUAUUCUACGUACGUACAUAUAAUAUGUGAGGUUCUUAAAUUUGACUUAUUAUAAUAUGAUAUACAUGGUAUUGGUCUUUGUAUUCAUUUGAUCACUUUCUGAUUACCAACAAUGAUUCCAUGGAAAAAUUAUGUGUAAUCGAGCACUUAUAAACUUAAUUUAUAUUA